AUGUCGAUGGUGUUUUCAAUUCAGUACUCACUCGGGUUAGAUGGUUGCUCAAACCUGAUUUUACACCGGAAGCGGAAAAGUUUCCGGAAAAUCGCCGUCGGUCGGGAUGAAGCGAUGCCAAUCUUGGACCCAAAAGAACCGUUGCCGCCUCGCGUAUGCCGUUUCGCCAAUCUGCGGUGUCUACUGUCGGUCGAAACGUACCACGUGAUGGAGAUGGCACCCCUCAUUGACGAAAUAAGAAUAAAACUUCACGGCGCAAAGUAUUUCACCAAACUCGAUCUUACCAACGCGUUCUACCACCUGGAGUUGUCGAAGGAAUCGAGGGAUCUAACAACCUUCUUAUCAGAGAACGGCAUGUUCCGCUAUACCCGUUUAAUGUUCGGGGUCAAUGCGGCCCCCGAGAUUUUUCAACGGGAGAUGUGCCGUGUCUUGGAGGGAAUUGAAAACAUCAUCAUAUAUAUUGACGACAUUUUGGCCUACGCUGAUACCCUGGAAAAACUGAGAAAAAUCACAAGUUUAGUACUAAUAGCUUUGAGGAAGAACAAUCUUACGUUAAACAUGGAAAAAUGUCUAUUCUAUCAAACGCGUAUUAAAUUCCUCGGCCACGAGCUAGACUGCAACGGGUUUCAUGUUGAGGAAGCAAAAAUAAAAGCCAUCCCAACAGACACUAAGAAUUGGAUGUGGGGCCCUGAACAACAAGUUGCAUUUGAAACCACCAUAAAAAACAUCACUGAUUGCGCAACCACCCUGGGAUACUUCUCAGAAGACGACAGAACUGUAUUAUACACGGACGCUUCCCCAAAUGCCCUAGGUGCAGUUCUUGUGCAAGAGAACCAAGAUCGCUCCCCCCGCAUUAUCAGUUUCGCAUCAAAAUCCCUGUCAGCCACGGAAAAAAACUACCCCCAGAAUCAAAGAGAAGCCUUGGGCACUGUGUGGGCGGUAGAACACUUUUCGUUUUUCUUACUUGGUCGUCAUUUCACCUUGCGAACAGAUGCCCAAGGCUUGUCAUUUAUAUUAAAUCGAAAUCGCGAAAACACCAAGCGUGCCCUUACGAGAGCAGAUGGCUGGGCCCUUCGUCUAAGCCCGUACAGCUACGACGUAGAGUACGUACGCGGUAGCAACAAUAUCGCGGAUCCUUCCUCACGCUUAUACGUUGGUACUGAUGAGCCUUUCGAUAAUCAACAUAGCCCUUGGGAGAUUGCAGCACUCGAGAUCAACACUGCUGGUUUUCUAACCGAAUCCGAAAUUCGAUUAGAGUCUUCCAAAGAUACUAUCAUCCAAAAAGUGAUGGACGCUUUAGAAACCAGGAACUGGACGAAAGACUUGGCAAAAUUCCAGUGUGUAGCUGACCAUCUCUCGAAUGAAAAUGGAAUCCUCGUAAAAAGUGGUUGCGUAGUAGUCCCAGAUAAACUACGUCAAAAAACGCUUGAGGUUGCUCAUGAAGGGCACCCCAUGACAGCCAAGAUGAAAUCCAUCGUACGAGAACGCGUCUGGUGGCCCGGGAUUUCCAAAGAUGUAGCAGAAUGGGUUGAUUCUUGUCAAGCUUGCGCACUUAAUGGCAGACCGGAAAAACCGACCCCAAUGCAGCGCAUUAUCGCUCCACAAGCCGUGUGGGAUACGAUUGCCCUAGAUUUUAAUGGUCCAUAUGCCCGAAUUGGCGGCAUUUCCAUCCUAGUGAUUGUAGAGUAUCGAUCCAGAUACUUGAUCGCACGCCCGGUAAAAUCCACCAGCUUUGAGCAUACUAAAAGUGUACUUGAAAGUAUUUUUGCACGAGAAGGUUUCCCUAAAAACAUCCGUUCCGAUAAUGGGCCUCCUUUUAACGGAGAGCCAUAUAAAUUAUAUUGCACAAGCAGAGGAAUUCAAACAAUUUACACAACACCACUCUUUCCCCAGCAAAAUGGACUCGUCGAAAAUUAUAUGAAAUUGAUUAAUAAGGCGAUGUCAACAGCUUUCCAUUUGGGGAGCAAUUUUAAUGAUGAAUUGCAAGCAGCAAUUAAUGCUCACAACGCUGCCACUCACUCGGUCACUGGAUUCCCGCCAGAAGAAGUGAUGUUAGGGCGGAAAGUGCAUCGAAACUUUCCACUCUUGAAUUUCGAACGGGUCAACUGCGACGAUAAUCUUCUUAAUGAUAAUGACUUACUUGCAAAAAUGAAAGGUAAGCACCGAGAAGACGCCAGACGUGGAGCACGGAAGUGUCGAAUUAAUCCAGGCGACAUGGUCAUCAUCGAGCGCCAAACUCGCAGUAAGGGAGACACACGGUUCGGUUCUCAGCGGUUCACGGUGAUAAAAGAAGAUAACGGAAGCCUUACCCUCCAUAACAGCCUUGGUCAAUCUCUCAAACGACACAUCACUCAAGUGAAAAAGAUUGGCGAAUGGCGAGCAGAUAACACACGAUCCAACGCAGAAAACUCCAGAGAAUCUAAUGUUCCGGAUGAGAUUCACCAAAGACCGAAAAGAUCGAGUAAUCCGCCGAGCUUCCUCGAUGAUUAUGUCCAGACAGACCCAGUAUUUGUGGCUAAGAGAUUCAACCCAGUAAUUUUGGUCCAGAAGACUGAUCCAGCGGUUCAAGUCAAGAGCUUUGACCCAGCAGUUUUGGUCAGGAGAGUUAACUCGACAAAGCUCCAGUUUGCCCAAGUCAAACGGGCCAGUGAGCAAACUUCUGCUUCCGUUUCUCCGUUGAAAAGCCUGCGCACGGACUCGAAUUGCAAGUCCGGCGGGCAUCGUGAGAAGCGAACGAAAGUCAGUUUCCCACGCGAUCAGCCGCCACAGCCACCUAAAUACAACAACAUCGUCGUCAACAUCCGGUCCUAG